GUCUGCUGACGGCCUCGGCCAUGGCUGACUCCGGGCUCUCCGACGGCGAGCCGACGGUGCGGACGCUGCUGCGGCGCGUGCUGGACACCGCGGACCCACGCACCCCGCGGCUGCGCCGGAGUGCUCGGACCCGAGCACAGAAAGCCCUGCUGGAAACUGCUCCCUCCUGGGAUGAGCGCAGCCAAACAAAGACAACCACCAGGCGCAGAUCCCAAAGAAUCAGGUCUGCCGGCAAAGUGCGUCAAGUUCAAGCCAGUGGGUACCCGGAUGAACAGACACCUCGGACGCUGCUGACAAACAUCCUACUGACUGCCCCAGAAUCUUCUGCCAUAAAGCCACAGCCAGUGGUGAAGCCAGGCCCGGCAUUGCAGAAGGUGCAGCCAUCCAGACAGGAAAUCAGCCUGGGCAGCCCAGAGCUAGAACUUCCCGCACUGGGGCCUUCCCCCACCGUGGCUCCCCGUGUGCUGGCGUCCAGCAGGAGGCGGCAGAGACUGAGGCUGUCAGAGUUCGAGCAGGGCCUCAACCAUGGGCUACUGCCUCCCUCCCAAGAGUCUCACGGGAAUGCUGAUGCAUCUGCUGUCACCAGCUCCCUCAGCCUGACGUUUGCCACGCCCCUGCAGUCACAGUCAGUGCAGAGGCCUGGUUUGGCCCGCAGACCUCUCACCCGCCGAGCUGUAGACGUGGGUGCGUUUUUACAGGAUCUUCGUGAUGCUACCAUGACCUUGGCUUCUCCAGGUGAUAACCAGAGGACCCUUGGUGCUCCCCUGCCAAAUGACAUAGUGUUGGAGGACACCCAGCCGUUUUCCCAGCCCGUGGUUGGCAGCUCCCCCAGGCAGAGCUCCCUGCCCAGCACUUCUCACGCUGCGGCUGGAAAUGCCGAGUGGCCUGACGGUCCUAGGCUGCAGGACAAGAGUCCUGAGAACCCAGCCCAGCAUCCGGCAGGAGAGGCAGAGGAGGCAGAGUGUUCUCUCGCUAGCGGCCCCCUGAACGUCAGCACUAGUGUCUCGAUGAACAUCAGCAGUACUGCCUUGAGAGAGGAUGGAGCCGAGCCUCCACAGCUUGGAGUUCCCAAGGAAGCUGUGGAGAGGGGGGAAGAGCACUUGACCGUGAGCAAAGAGGAGACAGCCGUGGCCCAAGGAUCUGUUAGGGCAGGAGAGCUCGCAGGGGACACGGAAAUGACAGAAAAAGAUGGGUCCUGUGGGGCUCUGGAGGCCAUGGACACAGAUGAGUCUUCUGCAGAUGAGGACACCCCUGAUAGGGCAGCAAGUCCAGAGUCGGCCAGUGUCCCGGAGCUUCUUCACGCCAGGCAGCCUCAUCUGUCUCUUGAGCCGGGACUACCACCUACCACUGCGGUCGUCCCUUCAGAGCCUGCCCAGCUUCCUUCCACAGCCCAAAUCCCUGGCCCCAGGCCCAGAACCGCUCGGCCCAGGACCCGCCAAGAUCCCUACAAGGUCGGGCUGAGCCACUAUGUGAAGUUCUUCGGCUUCCAUGCCAAGAUGACCAUGGAGAAGGCGGCUCUGGAGAUGGUAGAGAGGAGCCUGGACAAGUACUUCCAGCAUCUGUGUGAUGACCUGGAAGUCUACACUGCACAUGCUGGCCGCAGCACAGUGAGACCGGAGGACCUGGAGCUGCUCAUGCGCCGGCAGCGCCUAGUCACCGACCAAGUCUCCCUGCAUGUGUUUGUGGAGCGGCACCUGCCCCUAGAAUACCGGCAGCUUCUCAUCCCUUGUGCUUUCAGUGGCAACUCCGUGUACCCUGCCCAGUAG